AUAUUUUAAUCAGUACGGGGUUAGUAUUAACGAUGCUGUGGCUGUGUCUAUGUGUGAUUUUGGUCGCCGUGUCGCCGGCGGCGUGCGUGGUGGGCGGAGCACCCGCGGCCGCGCCGGAGCCCGAUGCCGCUGUUGUCUUCACACAGAAGCAUGGCCUGAGUGCCAGGUUGGAAGGCUUAAAGGAUGAUCAGCGCGGAUACUACACCUUCGCUGGCAUAAGAUAUAGCGAACCGCCAUUAGGAGAGAGGAGAUUCCAGCGACCAGUGCGGCAGUAUCUGGCAGGCGAGGUCAACGCCACAAGGUUCUGCGCACCAUGCCCGCAACUAGACCCGCAAGGGUCUGGGCGGGUCAUCGGACGCGAGGACUGCUUGUGUCUCAACGUCUAUGCGCCCAAGAUGCCUGGGGAUGAACAAGGUUCUCCUGUCGUCAUCUUUAUUCAUGGUGGAAACUAUAGAACUGGAUCAGCUACUCAAUAUGGAGGUCAAUAUUUUACCCAAAAGGACACAAUACUGGUAACCGUGCAGUACCGUCUAGGUUCUCUAGGGUUCUUGAGUACAGGACAAAAGGAUGCAUCAGGAAACCUUGGCCUAUUUGAUAUCCGGGCGGCACUUGAAUGGGUCAAAGAGUAUGUGGAAUUCUUUGGGGGAGAUGCAACGCGUGUCACAGUAGCUGGUCACGGGUCUGGUGGUAGCGCCGCAUCAGUUGUCGGCUUAACUCCUGAAGGACGUUCCGCCAGAGUGGUUGCGUUGUCUGGAGCGCCAUUGUCUCCGGGAACAGUGAGGAACGAGACACAAACUGUCGAACAUUCGGAGGCUGUGGCUGAAAAGACCGGCUGUCCUAAGGCGCCUCCUGAACGCUUGAUCAUGUGUUUGAGGAAUUUGCCCAUGGAAAAGAUAGUCCAGGUUGACCAGGAGAUUAAGGGCGAUAUGAUAGACACCGCGGCAUUUUUGGAAGAAAUCUCUGGUCGUGCAGGUUCAGGACCUCGAACAGAAGGAAAAGAUGAUGAGCGUGGAUUACCACCGUUGGUUGAAGAGGAACCUAGUGAGUCUCUGAAGAAGAAGCGUCAGAAGAGCCCCAUGCUAACGGGGGUCGUGUCAGCGGAGACUGCACGAGCAGUUUAUGGAAAAUACGCCAACUUCCUCACGCAACAAUCGCAAGCAGUAACAGACUUUAUCAAGAAGGAUUUGAUCGGCAACCUUCGUGGCGUCAUGCAAACGGUCGGUGGUCUGGAUGUCGUGGGCAUAAAGAAUGUGCUGCCAUUACCGGAGUACUAUGACGCUUUGCUUGAUACUACUACUAAAGCAGUAGAUAUCCUCAGUCAAGUUGUUGAAGCCACAGGAGACGCACUGUUCAACUUCCCGGCGUACCAGAGCGUGAAGGAGUGGAGCGCGGCCGCGCCCGCAUUCCUCUACAGCUUCGAGCAUGUCGGCAACCUCACUAAGGGCUCGCAUUUCCUACCUGGACUUGCCCUUACUCAGGGAGCAGAUAACCCUGUAAAUAAGAACAACAAAAAAUCCAAAGGACCAGCUCACGGCGAUGAGCUAGCCUAUCUCUUUGAACCUUUGGAUGAUGAAGGAAGAUCAGUAGCAGGAGACAUAUCCUCCUCCGAUGAGAAAGUCAGGGAGUCAUUCGUUUCCUUGAUCGCAAAGUUCGCACACAGUAAAACUGAGACAAAUACAUCUAAAACAGACAAGAACGAUGUAGCUAACUUAUUUGGAUUUCUGCCGUCGUAUUCUGGUGACAGCGAUCAGUUUUUGAAAAUUGGGAAUAAGAUUUCGGUGGAUAAGAAUUUCAGAUUCUGCCAAAUGGGUCUAUGGGGCAACAUGGCAGAUAGAAUUACCGGGGCUUUCUGCAAAAAUUUACUCGGCAGCCUUCUGGAUCCUUCAAAACUUGUUGGAACAGCUACUGGUCUAGUGAAACCUGUUGAUUCAUUGCUCAAUCAAGUGACGGGCCAGGGUCAGGGUCAGAAACCAGCGAGUAAACAACCAACGGGCGUACUGGAUCAAGGACUUGGAGGUCUUUUGGGGCCGUCCAAACCAAGACCCUCACCAACCGUAAGGCCUAUGUGGAGUUCACCAUUCAAUAAUCCACUUGGAUUUUUAUUUAAAUAAGUACCUAUAAUACUAUCAAUUUUUUUUGGAAAUAUAUAACUGGUGCCAUAAUUUUGUAUUACUUAAAAAUAAUUAAGUGAUUUUUAAAUAA